AUGAGAUGUUCAUUGCAAAGCAUCCUCGAGUACAACAAGGCAAUCUCUAGCUGCGCCAAGAGCACUGAGUGGCAAGCGGCUUUGCAGCUUUUUGCAGACUUGGACCUCAAGGGUUUCCAAGCCACUGUGGUGACCUACAACUCUGCCAUCAAUGCUUGUGCUCAGGCUGCUAAUUGGCGAUCAGCCAUGUUGCUGCUGAAGAACUUGGAUGGGACAGGCUUGCAGGCGAACAUCAUUUCAUAUAGCACCGCAAUCACUUCAUGUGAGAAAGCCGGGCAAUGGCAAGUUGCAGUGGUGCUCCUGGAAGAUUUGAAAUUGAAGAGACUGCAGCUGAAUAUCAUAGCAUUCAAUGCGGUGAUCACUGCCUGUGCAAAGGGCGAAGAAUGGCAGCAUUCUCUUUCUUUGCUGGGGGCUGUUCAAGAAGCAAAUCUGACGGGGUCGGUUGUGACUUACAACGCGUGCAUCAGUGCCAGUGCCAGAGGGAACCAAUGGCAACUGGCACUGCUGUGGCUGACCGAACUUCGAGAGGGAGCUGACAUGGCUGACAUCAUCACAUUCAAUUCGGUGCUAGCGGCCUUUGAUGGAUCCGGGCAGUGGGAGAGAGCAAUGGAUUUGCUGGGUGUAAUCGCAGCAGACAGACUGGAAGCUACUGUGAUUACAUACAAUGUAGCCAUAAGCUCCUGUGCUGGCAGCGGCCAAUGGCACGCAGCACUUUGGAUUCUCAGCGGCAUGGGGAAGCACUUUGGAUUGGAGUGCAAUGUGAUCACCUGCACCAGCGCUGUGAACGCCUGUGCGGAGGCUGGCGAGUGGCAGCAAGCACUAGUCACCUUCGACCUGAUGCUGCAGCUGCGAAUACAGCCGAAUGUCUUCACCUACAAUGCAGUCAUCAGUGCAUGCGAAACAGCUGCCGAGUGGGAACGGGCCAUCACAUUGCUGGUGCAGUUGCGGGCGACAAGACAAGCGGGGGAUAUCAUCACGUUCAGUACAUUGAUCAGUGCCUGCGGAAAGUCUGGAGCUUGGGCGGAGGCCUGGCAUCUCUUUUGCACAUUGCCAACUUGGCGCCUUGAGCCGAACAUCAUCACCUUCAACUCGAUGAUGGAUGCCUUUGGCAAGGGUGGCGAGUGGAAGCGCGCCUUGUCACUCUUGGAAGAGAGGUUGGAAGGCAAAUCUUACGGAGUGGACGUGAUUGGUUUCAAUGCUGCGAUUAGCGCAUGCGAAGAGGCGGCAAAGUGGGAGGAAGCGUUGGAACUCUUAAAGAAUUUGCAGGAAGCAGAUGCGUUGCAAGCAGAUGUGAUCUCUUUCAAUGCAGCCAUCAGUUCCUGUGAGAAGAGCGGACGAUGGCAAGAAGCCCUGGGUGUGUUUUGGGAAGCCCAGCUCGAGGGUGUUCAAACCAAUGAAGUGACCUCCAAUGCCUUGGUGAACGCCUGUAAGGCCGGCCAUUGGUUGCAAGGCUUAGAGCUGUUGGAAGCGGCCGUGGUGACCUACGUGGCCUGCAAUGGGCUGCUGAGUGCCUGUGGGGGCAGUUUGUGGUGGAUGGCUUCCUCGUUGUUGUCCGAGAUGCGCUGGCAAGAGCUCGAAGCAAACAUCGUGUCCUACCGUGCUUGCAUCACAUGCACUGAGAAGGCGGGUCUGUGGAUUUCAGCCCUGAAACUUCUGAUGGCUGCGGAGGAGACGAAGUUGGAAAGCAAUUCAGUGGUCUACAAUGCAGCUGUCAGUGCAUGCACCAAAGCGUGCCUUGGAAAUGUGGCAAGGGAGAAAAAGUGCCCCUGA